CCCACCGGAGCCCCGCACACGCGCGCGUCGUAAAACCGCGUCGCGGUAACUUUUCGUCGUCCAAAAGAGAUUUUUUCUCACCGGCCGAGGCGAUAAUCUCGGGGUCAUCGACCCCGCCUCUCUGCUCUUUCUUCUCCGCGAACGCGUCGUUACGCGUCCCGCGUCCUGUUAGCGCGUUUCUACGCUCGUGCGAGACGCAAAUUACGCCGAGGAUGAAACCACCAGGAUCGUAGGGUCGAGCGACGACCGAGGAGGAAUGGAGAGGCGCGCGCGAGUGAUAUGGAUGACGCGAGGUAAAAGAGAAGGAUAAAAGUUGCGCGACGAGAGAGAGAGAGAGAGAGAGACCUAGUGGUAAUUUAAAUGGAUCGACGCCCCGGUUUCGCGAGGCGCAGCGGCGUUAAUCGAGACUGAAGAGCGGCGAGGGAGGGGGGGGCAGGGAGAUUCCACGUUGAUGGAGCAUUAGAGGAUCCGCGCGGCGAAAAGAUGCGGGGUAGUCCUGCCUUCCUCGCCAUAUUGCUGGGCACGAUAUUCGGCGUCCUCGGCGCGUCUCUGAGCAAGGCGCUCAGGUACAAGGCACCGGACGAGUGUAAAUGGAUCACGACCGGCGACGCCGAGGAUGACGUGUCGCUCGUAUGCCGUUUGCGCACCAUCAACAGCGAGCUGGAGAACACCAACUUCAGCGUGAUACAGCCGCAGCACACGGUGCGCCUGCGACUGGAAUGCAGCGACGCGCUCUUCUAUCAGAGCUCGUUGAGCGCCGGCAGCUUCCGGCCGUUGGUCGAGCUGCGCGAGCUCGUCAUCGAGUACUGCAAGAUCGGUAACCUGUCGGACGACGCGUUCAAGGGGCUCAGGGAGCUGCGGAAUCUCACGGUGAAGACGCACAACACCGAUUGGUCGGCGAUGGCGCUCGACGUCUCCGCCGGCGCCUUCACCGACGAGCUCCGACAGCUCGAGAAGCUCGAUCUCGGGGAGAACAACAUGUGGAGCAUCCCGGAGGGCGCGCUCUGUCCCCUCGUCAACCUCGAGAUUCUGAACCUGACGAGAAACCGGCUCAGGGACAUCGCGAGUUUCCGCUUCAACGCCGCGACGAGAUGCCUGGCGAAUCUCAGGGAGCUGGAUCUCAGCAACAACAGCAUCGAGUCGCUGCCGAGCGCGGCGUUCUCCGGUCUGACGAGGCUGCACACCUUGGAUUUGCGGUGCAACGCCAUCGGCUUCAUGGCGGAUCGCGCGUUCGAGGGCCUCUCGUCGCUGGCCAUCUUGCGGCUCGCCGACAACCGUCUUGCCAGCCUGCCGCCCGAGCUGUUCGGCGACGCUCGGGACAUACAAGAGAUUCACCUGCGCAAUAAUACCCUGAGCGUUUUGCCGCCCGGAUUGUUCAACGAUUUGGAGCAGUUACUGGUGCUGGAUCUUUCGCACAACGAGUUGACCGCGGAAUGGGUGAACGCGGCCACGUUCAGUAAUUUAGUGCGUCUAGUGGUGCUGGAUCUCUCGAGCAAUCAUAUCGCGCGGCUCGAUCCGACUGUCUUUCGCGAUCUGUACAGUCUGCAGAUUCUACGGCUGCAGGAAAAUCUGCUGGAAGGUCUAGCGGAGAACACCUUCUCGGCGCUCUACAACCUGCAUACCUUGGUGCUCAGCGACAAUCGGUUGACCAUCGUAGACGCCACCACGCUAAGUGGUCUCUAUGUACUCAGCCUCCUCUCGUUGGACAACAACCGGUUGCACACGAUACACCCGAGCUCCCUGAGAAACGUUUCAUCCCUGCAGGACUUUCAUCUUAACGGUAACCGGCUGACAUCGGUGCCGGACGCGCUGAAGGCCACUCCCCUCCUGCGCACUCUCGACCUCGGCGAGAACCUCAUCUCCGAGAUACCGAGCGGCACCUUCGACCACGUGGCGCAGUUAUACGGGCUUCGUUUAACCGAAAAUCAUAUCGGCAAUCUCACCAAAGGCGUUUUCGAUCGUAUCAAAGGUCUCAAGAUCCUCAACCUCUCGCGUAACCGCGUCCAGCACAUCGAACCCGGGACCUUCGAUGAGAAUCUCAAUCUACAAGCGAUACGACUCGAUGGCAAUCAAUUGAUCGAUAUCUCCAAUCUCUUCGCCAAACUGCCCAAUCUCGUCUGGCUAAACAUCAGCGACAACAGGCUCGAGUGGUUCGACUACGCCAUGAUACCGACCGGGCUGCAGUGGCUCGACAUACACUCGAACGAGAUCCGCGAGCUCAGCAACUAUUACGAGAUAGAGGGGCAGCUGCAGCUGAGCACCUUCGACGCGAGCGACAACAAGCUCUCCGAGAUCACCGGCAACGCGAUUCCCACGAGCGUCGAGGUACUGUUCCUCAACGACAAUCUCAUCUCCAAGGUGCAGAGUUAUUCGUUCUUCAAGAAGCCGAAUCUGACGCGGGUCGAUCUCAAGGGCAACCAGAUCCGGAAUCUCGAGCCGUACGCGUUGCGCAUCAGCGCGGUGCCGCCCGACAAGCCGCUGCCCGAGUUCUACAUCGGCGACAACCAGUACCUCUGCGAUUGCACGAUGGAGUGGCUGCAGCGCGUUAAUCGGCAGAAUCAGACGCGGGUGCAGCCGCGCGUGAUGGACCUCGAGAGCAUCUACUGCAAGCUCCUGUACGAUCGCGAGCACGUGUUCGUGCCGCUGGUCGAGGCUUCGCACUCGCAGUUCCUCUGCAAGUACGACACCCACUGCUUCGCUCUGUGCCACUGCUGCGACUUCGACGCGUGCGACUGCGAGAUGACGUGCCCGUACAACUGCACGUGCUACCACGAUCAGUCGUGGUCGGCGAACGUGGUCGACUGCUCGAACGGCGGCCACGCGAGCCGGCUGCCCGAGCAGAUCCCGAUGGACGCCACGCGGCUCUACUUGGACGGCAACGAUCUACGGGUCGUGUCGAGCCACGCCUUCAUCGGUCGCAAGAAGCUCAAAGUCCUGUUUCUCAACUCGUCCAACAUCGAGAUCGUGCAAAACCGAUCGUUCAACGGGCUGCGCGACCUCGACGAUCUACACCUGCAAGAUAACCGGAUACGCGAGCUGCGCGGCCACGAGUUCGAGGGGCUCGACGCGCUCAGGCACCUACACCUGCAACGUAACCGCAUCGUCGUGAUCGGCAACGACACUUUCGCGUCCCUGCACUCCCUGCGGCUUCUACAGCUGCAGAACAAUCGUCUGACGAAUCUCGCGUUAUGGUCGCUACCGGGCGCGCUCGAGAUCAGGCUGGCCGGGAAUCCCUGGUCCUGCGAGUGCGACUACCUUCGGACUUUCCGCGAGUGGACGCACGAGCCGAACGUCCGCGUCUUAGACGCGUCCGCGUUGCGCUGCGUGUACAACGUGACGGAAUUCGAGACGUUCGGCGACGAGGUGUUCGCGGACGACGAGUUCGGCUUCUCGGUGAGCGCGCGCGUCAACGGGAACGAGAGCGCUUGCUCGGACGCGAUCAACGUCGACGACGACGCGCAUCGCAACUACACCAAGACCAUCAUCGAGAGGCAGAUACUGCAGGAUUAUCUGCCGCUGCUGGUGGCGACCCUCGCCAGCUCCCUGGUCGUGAUACUCUUGUGCCUGCUCGCCUUUGUGUACCGUCACGAGCUGCGCGUGUGGUUCCACUCGCGUUUCGGGGUGCGGAUAUUCUAUCGGGGCAACGAGAUCGACCGGGACGAUCGGGACAAGCUGUUCGACGCGUUCGUGAGCUACAGCUCCAAGGACGAGGCGUUCGUCGCCGAGGAGCUGGCGCCGGUCCUCGAGAUGGGCAACCCCUCGUACAAACUGUGCCUGCACUAUCGGGACUUUCCGGUCGGCAGCUUCAUCGCCGAUACGAUCGUGCAGGCGGUGGAAUCGUCGCGGCGCACGAUAAUGGUGCUGUCGGAGAACUUCAUCAAGUCCGAGUGGUGUCGCUUCGACUUCAAGUCGGCGCAUCACCAGGUGCUGAGGGACCGAAGACGCCGGCUGAUCCUCGUCCUGGUCGGCGACGUGCACCAGCGCGACCUCGACCCGGACAUCCGACUGUACUUAAAGACCAACACCUAUCUACAGUGGGGCGACAAGCUCUUCUGGGAGAAGCUGCGAUUCGCGUUGCCGGACGUGCCCAACAAUCAGCGAACGACGCAGCAGCGGACGAGGCAGCAGCCGCCGCCGGUUCGACGGCAGCACAACAACAGAACGUCCAACGGAUCGCGCACCGUGUCCGUCCAUAUAUGAUCCGUUUACCCGCGGCGUGUGUCAAGUGAGUCAUUCGUGUCGAGCGGAACCAACCAACGGAAGACUCGCGCGCGAGGAGACGAGCCUACGCUCGACAAUCUUUCAAUCUCUCAAGACGGUGCGGCGUGUGUGUAAAUAAAAAAAUCCCGGAGGAUCCGUAUGUAUAAAUAAAGCGUGCCACGUGUACAUAGACGUGUGUGAUAAGAGCGAUCUUCGGAUGCUAUCUCUCUCUGCGGGCGGACCGCAGGCCAACCCCAGGUGUAUCAUGCGCGACACGUAGAAUCUGUAAAUUGUUGUCGGGCGGGGAUAAUUGAAACGAAAUCGUUGUGUAAAUAGAAUGUCGCCAAUUACGAGCGAACUGAGAGGAGCCGCUACUCGGCUCACGUGCGACGAUUGAGUGCGACGGUGCGUAAGUACGUAUGUGAACGUGCGUGUGUGCGUGUAUGUCGCGAUCAAACGAGAGAUACGCGGCCCGUCGCGUGUACUUGAAAUUCGUUACUUCUGGGCGUCCCCCGUUGCCCGAGAGAUCGGCCCGGCCGAUUAUUAUCGAUUCGACUGUAGCGCGAAUAAUUUCACAGUCGAUCGGCGGACCGUGCUCCGGAUUUCUCGGGACGAGUGUCGCGUCGUAAGAAUUUUAAUUUUGUCGACAGCUGUGUGUCUCGCAUCCACGAUCAGCUUCCGCAGUAAAAUAUCGCUUAAAUAUCAAACCGACGCACCUGUCCGACGCAACACGGCCGUAUCAAGGGCCGUAUCCUGGCUCGAGCCACACGCACACGCACACAGUGAUACCACUUCCUAAUUAUAAUUAUUAUGUAUAUUUAAUCGUGUUUUCCCACUCUCUGGUUGAUGACGAAAUUUCAUCCAGCAAUAACGAGCUUAACGAGUGUUUCUCGGCGGCAGAAGCGUUUGAUAACGCUUUACGGUGAUAAUGGAAAAUAUUUUGGGGCCGGACAUUGUAAAGUAUUAUAUUUUAGCGUUAUUUAUUUUCGUUCGAAUCGAUAAAGAGACUUUAUGUACGACUUGAGUGCGCCACGUUUUGUAAUGACGAGUGAGAAGAGGAAGAUACGGAGACAGUGUAACAAAGUUCGCUUGCCGUCGAUUAAUAAUUAAUUUAAGAAAAUGCAUAAUUUACGCGCCGCGCGCGAAAUUUCCAUUUGAAUUCGACGGUCUCAUUAUUUGCCGAGCAAACGUGAAUUAAUAGACGGGAUUAAUUAAACUUGCACACACGAAUUCACACGUGGGACACAUUUAUAAAUUGUACAUGUAUAUUUUUAUAAACGUAUAAACGAUGUGCUCGUUCUUUGCACAGAUGGCUCAAUCACAUCCCAGUAAUAACUUCAGCAUUAAGGAA